AAGUAGACACAUUUUCACCAGCUGCUGUUAUCAUAGGCUGUUAGGCUGAUCCUACUACAAAUAUUAUUUUUACGAGUUUGUUACUAGUUUUGUGUAAUCUACAUACUACGUGUACUGUUUCGAGCACUGCGUGUUGUUGUUUUUUGGUAACAGCAAACAGUUGACUUAGUCGCUUUGAAAGAAUAGCACAAUGUCGAAUCGUCUGGCGUUCCAGACGCAGCUAGCCUCCAUCAUGGAGGUUUUAGCUAAUGCAGCCGUGGCAGAAAUUUGUAAGCUUGUGGACGACGAUUACGCCGUUAUUCAUUUGCAAAUGUCUCAGUGUCAAAGAGAAAACAAAUCACUCAAAAGGAAGUUGCAUUUAUUGGAACUUAAAAUGGCUCGGGGUUAUGCCGAAAGGAGAAUACGUGAAAGUGCUAUGAGCAACCGCUUGAACAGAGUCCAUGUUAAUGCAAACAUAAACAUCGUUGACAAGUACAGAGAACCUAUGUCUGAACACUUCAGAUCCGAUGGCGGUGUUCUUGGUAGACAAAUGAAUAUCGGUUUAUGGGAGGAUGCGUCUGGUGGAACCGAACCUGUUCAUCGCUUAUCAACAACUGAAUCUGCAGGUGAAGAGUUGCCAGGGCCUGACCUAGUGCAUGUCAAAGAAGAGAGAAUGGACAAUGACUCUGGGGAAAGAGACACACAGGAGGGUCUACAAAUCAGGGAAGAUGGACGUGUAGAGGUCGGCUCUAGAGUGGAGAGGUCAGGCUUUGAGGACAGCCGGAAUUCACCAGCCGCGAGUUCAGAGGAGCAGCCGCAGUUGCAGCGCAGCAGCAGGACCGGCCGGGGCACCGUGGAGCCAGAAGAUAUGGAAGAAGGAGAACCUGACGUACUGUUCAUUAAGGAGGAGAGCUCAGAGGAAGACCAGGAGGGCAAGAGAAGGGGGUUGAGUGUACAAGAGGGAGUGGUUGAGUCCAGCACCGGUGACUCUGGAGUGGACCAGCCCUCAGAAGCACAAGUGUUAGUUUCCGAAGCAAAUGUAGAAAUCAAUGCUCUUGAGUCUGGACCAAUGGAGCUGUCCAAAGAGGAAGACAAGGAUGAGCUGGUGGCCAUUGAUAUUGUGCCAUCAGGAGGAGUACAGUCCAGAAUGGAAGGCUUUGUGGGCUCUGAACCGUCUAGAGAAAGAGUCACACAGGUACUGCAGAAACAGAUAGCUCCAAAACGCACCAAAGGUGUCACCUCCGGUACUAUAUGGGACCUGACGGGCUCUGAUGACACGCCAGAGGGGAAGCUGGAGACUCACCCGGCUCAGGGCCUGCAGAGAAGGAACAGCAGUGCAGCCCUGGGCUCAGACUACCCCCUGUAUGAGAGGCCUGCAGAACUGGACAACCUCUUCUCAUGCUGGCCCACAGAAAGCCCACCUCGACCGGGCGAGCCCUCUUGCUCCUACUCCUCCAGCGACCCAGACCCGGAUCAGGACUGUCUCCUGGUCCACCCUGGGCCUCAGACGAGAUCCGUGGCGGUCUGUGGUGCUCCAGUGGUGACUGGGAAUACAGUGUCCUCCUCGGGGCCACAGAGGGCGCUGAGGCCAGACGGAGUAGUGGCUGUAAUGGGCACCAACCCCAGACUCGCUGAGUGGCACUCGUCCACCGUGGCAAGGAGUGGUCAACUGCACGCGCUGCGUAGGAGUCAGACGGAUGCCAUCUCUCUGGAGAGUGCCACCAGCACAUGCCCCCCUCCGUCACAACUCCCCCAAAGGGUCUCCGUAAACCCUGUCCCGUCAACCUUCGCUAGGCUCAGGCCAUCCGACAUGUCGGCAACGCAGAUUCACAAGUCUUUGAUGGGGCUGUCGCAACAGCAGCAGCCUCCACAGAUUCUCUUCCCACCAGUGGAGCGUGUGAUAAGCAAGAAGUAUGUGUGUCGAUUCUGUGGGAAGGCGUUCGCUGGCCAGUCAAAUCUGGAGGCACACCAACGCGUUCACACCGGGGAAAAGCCUUUCCGCUGCACUACCUGUGGGAAGCUGUUUUCCGAGGCAGGCAAUUUGAAGAAGCACCAGCGCGUGCACACGGGAGAGAAACCCUACACCUGUGGCCGUUGCGGGAAACACUUUGCCUGGAUCUGCAACCUGCGCACACACCAACAGUCAGCUGCUUGUGGAGGGGUUUCAACAAUGAGCAAAUAAACAUUUCAAUACAGAUAAAAGAAGGGAGAAAGGGCCACACUUUGCAUACAUUACGUUGUUUUUUAUUGCAAUUUUAGUACAGUUACCAUAAAUAAAGUGACAAGACUACCCAUGACUGGAGCAUAUAAGUGGUGGGAACAUGGUAAAAAUAGCAGUUUCCUCUGAAAUCAUGGCCUUCUAAAAAUUAAAGUAGCACAAGUAAAUGGUAGGCAGUAAAAUGAUGGCUUGUUAAGAACUCAUUUUGGCGCUGGGCAGUGUCUUUAGGUCUUAUGUGUCUUCUGAUAUGCAAAGUUAAGUUGAGCCUGUGCCACUGCCUAACUAUAUCAAUGUAAAGAAUUGGACCAGUGAAAUGACUCCCAGUUGUUUGUCACAUUACUACAAAUACAUGUACUACCUCAGCAAUAGAUGUAGAUUAUGUAGCAGUUAACUAUACAAUUAUUUCUCCUUCCUCUCUAUGGACAACUCACCACUUUACGGGUAUAACAGUGUUAGCUGUUGUCAAGACUAAUGAGUACUCUUGUUCAGUUCAAAUGCAAUGUUUUUUUUAUUAUUAUAUAUUAUAUCAUGACAGU